AUGCAUAUUUCUUUUCUUACGGUUCGAUCGAUCGGCCUGCUCCUCCCCUACCUACUCCUCCUGGCCACGAUCACCUUCCUGCAGCGCCCCGGGAAGCCCAACCCGUCUGAGCCCAUCUUCCUCGGCCCCGAGCGCCUCCUCCUCGCCGCGCACAUCGUGGGCGGGUUCCUCGUUGGCGCCGCGCUCCCGGCGCUCUACAUCCUCGACGGCCUCCGGUCCGGGGACACCACGGGGAUCGCCGCCGCGGCCCCGCACACGUUCCUGCUCUCCGCGCAGGUCUUCACCGAGGGGCUCACCGCCGCGUUCCAGUGGCGGUUCUCGCUCCCCGUCAGGGCCGCCGUACCGGCCACGUACAACACGCGCAGGAUGUUCGUUCAGGUGACUACAUAUGUGUACGUGUACGAGAAAUCUAUAAGUAUACGUUAAA